AUAUAAUAAUAACUGCGGCGCUUCUUAUGUCUUAAGCGCCAAAUUUAAGUUUCUGGCGUUAUAUGAAAUAUUUCACCAUGAGGAAGUUCUUACAGCUUUUCCCCUUUCAACGAAACCAAAUCGUUCAUAAGCUUGCAAACUAUUCGGUACGUGGACAAGAUUCAAAUUUUAUUCGGCUUCACGGUAUCGAUGUGGUCCGGGAUCCGAGAACAAAUCGAGGAACUGCGUUCACUCUUAAUGAGCGACAAUUACUUGGUAUACAUGGGCUACUCCCACCUUCUGUAUUAACUCUGGACCAACAGGUUUCAAAAAUGAUGGCCAAUCUAAAGAAUAUGAACGAUAAUUUGCAGCGCUACGUUUAUCUUACUUCAUUACAAGACCGAAACGAGGCUUUAUUUUAUAAGCUUGUUAUUGAACAUGUGGAAUAUUGUAUGCCGUUGAUAUACACACCAACUGUUGGUUUGGCUUGUCAACGCUACGGUGUAGUAUUUCGACGACCUAGAGGUCUAUACAUAACAGUACACGAUCGACAUCAUAUACCCGCGAUUCUAAAUAACUGGCCUGAACCGAUCGUAAAGGCUAUCGUAUUUACUGAUGGUGAGCGUAUUCUUGGUUUGGGUGAUUUGGGAGCAUAUGGUAUGGGAAUACCCAUUGGAAAACUGUCGUUAUAUACAGCACUGGCUGGUGUUCAUCCGAAGCAUUGUUUACCAAUCCUUUUAGAUGUUGGGACAGAUAAUCAAGAACUACUGAAUGAUCCUGUAUAUACGGGUAUCAGACAUAAGCGUAUACGCGAUGAACGCUAUGAUGAGUUAAUCGAGAAUUUCAUGCAAGCUGUUGCAGAACGCUACGGGAACCAUUGUUUAGUUCAAUUUGAAGAUUUUGGAAAUCAUAAUGCAUUUCGUUUACUUGAACGAUAUCAAGAUUCGUACUGCACUUUUAAUGAUGAUAUACAAGGUACGGCAGCUGUAGCGGUAGCCGGCUUACUGGCUGCCGGUCGUAUUACAAAACGUAAGCUUGCAGAUAAUAUAUAUCUUUUCGUCGGCGCUGGUGAAGCAGCAACCGGUAUUGCUCAGUUACUGGCAACAUCAUUACAACUAAAUGGAUUGGAUGAGAAAGAGGCAUUGAGUAAAAUGUAUAUGUUCGAUAAAGACGGACUAUUAACACAUUCACGUCAAGAAGGUUCACUGACAGAUCAUAAUAAAGUUUUUGCACGUGAUGACGCAGAAAAUAUAUGUAAACUGGAAGAUGCAGUGAAAUUACUAAAGCCAACAGUUAUUAUUGGUGCAUCCGGGCAAGGUGGAAUUUUUACAGAUGCUAUCCUUCAACAAAUGGUUAAAAAUUCUGAACGACCAAUUAUAUUUUCACUGAGCAAUCCAACUUCGAAAUCUGAAUGCACCGCUGAAAGAGCAUAUAGAAUUACAGAGGGUCGAUGCGUAUUUGCUGGCGGUUCACCCUUCAAUGAUGUUUCACUUAACGUUUCUGGAAAAGAAGUGCAUUUCCAACCCGGUCAAUGUAAUAAUUCUUACAUUUUCCCCGGUGUGGGACUGGCUAUUACACUGUGUCAAAUUCGUCCAGUUUUACAAGAACUUUUCGUAAUCGCUGCUGAAUGUUUAGCAGAUCAAGUCGACGAAAAAGAUUUGGAUGUUGGUCGUGUAUUCCCACCGUUAAGAGAUAUACGCAAUGUUUCGUUGGCUAUAGCAGUACACGUUGCAAAAUAUGCCUACUCAAAAGGUAUUUGUCAUUAUGAACCACAACCUAAGGAUAUUGAAUUGUAUUUGUCUCAAAAGAUGUAUGAUCCAAAUUAUAUACCAGUUAUGCCUGAUGUAUACGAUUGGCCACUUGGUGUCACUGAUGCGGUCUCAUAAGGAUUAGAAUUUUCAAAAACAACAUAACUUUAUCAUUUCAAUGCAGCGUAUCAGAGGUUGAAAUGCUACAUUUCUCACCUUUCUAUCACUACUAAAUUUUCUGUAAUUUUUUUCAUUAUACAGUUCGUUGACUGUUUAUCUUUUUUCUUUUUUAUAGUAGCGUAGCUUUAUUUUAGAGUAAUUUAGCCAAUAUACUAUUCAUUCAUUCGAUUUCAUUUUAUGAUGUGUUUCUUUCCUUUUAUCAAAACGAUUUACGAUUUUACUCCUGUAAGAUACUGCUGCUGUGUUAUUUGCAGCAUUUCGACCAUAGUGUUUUAAUUGUUCUUUUUUUGUCUGCUAAUGUUUCCAGUUUAUCUUGUUCAAGUUUUUGUCUCACUUUUAUGAUAACCGCAGUUACAAUGAUGUCGAGUUCAGUUCUUCUGUCGAAAAACGAAUUGUUGUUGUCUCUAAUAAUUAAGAUUAGCCAACAGUCGAGAGAAGCUUUAUGUUGGUCUCGAUCCCCGUUAUCGAUCAUUAACAACGUGUCUGUCAUUCACAUAGCUCCCUUUAAUGUAACGGACUAAACAAAAAUUUCGCAAAUGAAUGAAUAUUCUACAACAGUGAUAGCAACAGAAGAUUAAAGAACCAGAGAUAAGUGGUUAAGUCAUGAACAAACUCUAAUGAAAAUAGAACGAGUAAAGCUCAGUUAGUUAAAAUAAAAUCAUUGCUUUAGAAGGGAAUUGAAAAAAGGCGUAGUGAUAUAAUCAUUAGAGAGAAAGGAAAAAGAUUGUUGAUUCGUCUAAGUAUUCAUUUUUAAUACGUUACUAUCGUUGUCGCAUUGGUUCAUACACCUGUCUCUGUCUUAAGUGUGUAACAAAAUCGAUAUUCAUGGAGCAUGUGUAAUGUGUUGAUAAGCAUAGAUCAAACUUAACUCAUCGUUAUGAAGUUUUUUUAAUGUAGCUAGUUAUUUGUGUACUUAACUGAUCAGUUUCAGUUCUGGGCUUGUUAAGUUUGAUGGUUCUUGGAGAUUAGUUAAAUUUUCGAGACCAGUGGUAUUGUGUUCUAAAUGAAAUCUGAAGUUACUGGACUACGUCUCGCAGGUACACACUACCAGAUAUUCAGAACAGCUGUCUAUGGCUUUUGGUUUCUUUUCUACCUGUUCUAGUUUUAUUUCUGUACAAAAAUUUCAUUUUGAAUAUCCAUAUAAAAUUAUGCAUAGUUCGACUACAGUUAAUUUAUUUAAUUGCUAUUUCAUGACUGAUUGAUAGUGUUCAUCAAUAGGCUGUUUAUCGAGAUGUACUAUUGAAUCCUGCAAAUUUAGCAUAUUUUUCUUAUUGGAUCUGAUAUUUGUAUUACAU